AAAUUGCAGGCAUAUCCCAACAGAGAUAUUACCAAUAUAGUAGAAUCAUCACACUAUCAGAAAAUAGGUGGCUGGUGUCGUCAGGGUGCAUUGAAUGCUAAUAAAUGUAAGGGUGCCCAUCGUUGGAUUAAACCAUUCCGUUGCUUGGAAGGACCAUUCCAAUCGGAUGCUUUAUUAGUACCCGAAGGUUGUCUAUUCGAUCAUAUACACAAUGCUUCACGUUGCUGGCCAUUCGUUAGGUGGAAUCAGACUGGUGCUGCUGCUUGUCAAGAGCGUGGCAUGCAAAUGCGUAGUUUUGCCAUGUUGUUGCCAUGUGGCAUUUCCUUGUUUUCGGGUGUUGAAUUUGUAUGCUGUCCAAAACAUUUUAAAACCGAUGAAAUACGCGUUAAGAAAACCGAUUUACCCGUUUUGCCCCCAGCUGAAAUCACUAAUCCCAUCAAUGAUGAUUUAGAUGAUAUCAGCAGCGAGGACAAUGAUUCCAACUACUCUAAAGACAACGGUGAUGAUAUGGAAGAUAACGAUGAUGAUGAAGACGAUUUAUUGGCCGACGAUGAAGAAGAUGAAAUGGCUGCCGAUGAAGCGGCUGCCACAGGAGAUGAUGCUAAUGCUGAAUAUGAUUCUGUGGAGGAUAAUUAUGAAGAAGAUACAGCAGAUAAUUAUGAUCAACAGGGUAGCUCUAGUGGUGCUAAACCUACGCUGACAAAGAAGGAAGAACAAAAAACUUUGGGUGGAGAAGUUAACAGCAAAUCAAAUGGUGAUUUGCCAAUGCCACCCACAACCGGACAACCCACACCCGAUCCUUACUUUACACACUUCGAUCCCCAUUAUGAACACCAGAGCUACAAAGUAAGUCAAAAAGAAGCCCAACAGCGCCUCGAGGAAUCGCAUCGUGAAAAGGUAACACGAGUCAUGAAGGACUGGUCUGAUUUGGAGGAAAAAUAUCAAGAUAUGCGUUUGGCUGAUCCAAAGGCUGCCCAAAGUUUCAAACAGAGAAUGACAGCACGUUUCCAGACUUCUGUUCAGGCACUCGAAGAGGAAGGUAAUGCGGAAAAACACCAAUUGGCAGCCAUGCAUCAGCAACGUGUUUUGGCACACAUAAAUCAACGUAAACGUGAGGCGAUGACAUGCUACACACAGGCCCUAACAGAGCAACCACCAAAUGCUCAUCAUGUGGAGAAAUGUUUGCAGAAAUUAUUGCGUGCUUUACACAAGGAUCGUGCUCAUGCUUUGGCUCAUUAUCGUCAUCUCUUGAAUUCCGGUGGUGCUGGCGGUUUGGAGGCUGCCGCCUCAGAACGUCCUCGCACUUUGGAACGUUUGAUUGAUAUCGAUCGUGCUGUUAAUCAGUCCAUGACCAUGCUUAAACGUUAUCCUGAAUUGUCCAAUAAGAUUUCUCAGCUCAUGAAUGAUUACAUUUUGGCUUUGCGCAGUAAAGAUGACAUUCCCGGCUCUUCUUUGGGCAUGAGUGAAGAAGCUGAGGCUGCCAUUUUAGAUAAAUAUCGUGUGGAAAUUGAACGCAAGGUUGCCGAAAAGGAACGUUUACGUUUGGCCGAGAAACAACGCAAGGAGCAAAGAGCUGCUGAACGUGAGAAAUUGCGUGAGGAAAAAUUGCGUUUGGAGGCCAAGAAAGUGGACGAUAUGGUUAAAGCCGAACAAGAUUCAGGAGCCUUUACCAGUGAAGAAUCCAAAACCAGCAAAGAUGAGUCUAUCGUAGAUCCCACAAAAAUUGCUCACAGUGACAAAGAUCUGGCAGCUGAGGAAUAUUUGGAGGCUACCUUAAGCACCAAAACCCAAACCAUCCUGCCCACCGUGGAUGAUGAGGCUGUCCAGCGUGCUGUGGAGGAUGUAGCCGCCGCCGUCGCCCAUCAAGAGGCCGAACCUGCUGUCCAACACUUCAUGUCCCAUGAUUUGGGUCAUCGCGAAUCGAGCUUCUCUCUACGCAGAGAAUUCUCUCAUUCACCGGCGCAUGCGAAUAAGGAGGGUCGCAAUGUCUAUUUCACUUUAUCCUUUGCCGGCAUCGCCUUAAUGGCAGCCAUAUUUGUGGGCAUUGCUGUGGCCAAGUGGAGAACAGCUCGUUCGCCACAUGCGCAAGGUUUUAUUGAAGUUGAUCAGAAUGCCACCGCCCAUCAUCCCGUUGUACCCGAGGAGAAAAUAGUGCCGAGUAUGCAAAUAAAUGGUUAUGAAAAUCCCACUUACAAAUAUUUUGAGGUUAAGGAGUAAAAACAUUCCACAAACCAACAAACACACAAUUUCUCAAAAAAAAAAGAAAUGUUUAAAUAAAAAACUCAUUUUAAAAGACAAAAAAAACCCAAAUUUAAACAAAUUUUACAGAGGACUAACAAAAUCAUGAAGAGAAAAAAAAAUGAUAUUUUGAAAGCCAAGCAAUUUCUAACUAAAUAUUAAAUGAAAAACAAACAACUCCCAUAAAUUCUACUAAAAAACAUUCAAUAAUUAAUAAAAACUAAUAAUUUCUUUUAUUAAACAUUUAAACGUUGUUCUUGUUUAGAAAGUACAUUGAUGAAAAACCAAAAAUAAAAACAUAAACAUAAUUUAAAAUUGAUGGUGUGUAAUGCAAAAAAAUAAAUAAAAAAAUAAUUAAGUAUAAAACAAACUUAUUAAUAAGUAAUAAAUGUAAAACAAACACAAACCAAAACAAAAAAAAAA